GCCGGCUGAAAUACACAGAUGCAGUUUAUGAUGCCUGCAUGGAAGCGUUUGAUUGUCUACCUCUAGCCGCUUUAAUCAACCAACAAUUCCUCUGCGUCCACGGUGGUCUUUCACCUGAAAUCCAUUCGCUCAAAGAUAUCAAAAAGAUGGACCGUUUCCGGGAGCCGCCGACCCACGGUCCAAUGUGCGAUCUCCUUUGGUCAGACCCAACGGAGGACUUUGGCCAGGAGCGGAACAACAGCCACUUUUCACAGAACACAGUUCGCGGAUGUUCCUUUUUUUACUCCUACGCUGCCGUCUGCUCUUUCCUUCAGGCAAACAACCUCCUUUGUCUCAUCCGUGCCCAUGAAGCUCAAGAUGCAGGAUAUCGUAUGUAUCGCAAAAACCAACAAACAGGAUUUCCUGCUCUGAUCACAAUAUUCUCCGCCCCAAAUUACUUGGAUGUUUACAAUAAUAAGGCUGCGAUUCUCAAGUAUGAGAAUAACGUGAUGAACAUCCGACAAUUCAAUUGCUCACCUCAUCCCUAUUGGCUGCCAAACUUCAUGGAUGUUUUCACCUGGUCUCUCCCUUUUGUCGGUGAAAAGGUCACCGAAAUGCUCGUUAGUGUCCUCAAUAUUUGUUCAUCAGAUGAACUCUUUACUGAGGACACCGAAGACGAUAAUAACGUCAACGUGCGCAAAGAUGUCAUCAAGGGGAAAAUCCGUGCGAUCGGGAAAAUGGCACGUGUGUUCACUCUCCUCCGAGAAGAAAAUGAAAGUGUGCUGGAGUUGAAAGGUCUCACGCCAAACGGAAUGCUUCCAAUUGGUCUCCUGUCUGAGGGUCGCGAAAGUCUCAAACAAUGUAAGUAA